AUGUGUCGCCGCGUCUACAAAUACUACACAGCCUGCGGCUGUGUCCUCAGCGCCCUGUUCUACCACAAGUGCGCCCAAGGCUCGGCCUCACCCCUCUGCAAGGAGGAAGACGGAAUCGUCACCCGCGACGGCGAGAAGUGCCCCUACCACGCCCGCGUCGCCCGCCGCCAAGCCCGCAGUCGCAGCCGAACCAACGGAGGAGGAGGAGGAGGACCUCAAGACUCGGAGAAGAAAACCCGCACGUCCAUCGAAAAUCCCUUGACCUUCACCGGCGCAGGCAAGGAGGUCGCCCCCGCGAGGCUCGAGGACCGGCACAAGCUGGGAGACUUUCAAGUCUUCAUCAAGGACAUCGACACAUUCCUGAAGAAGCUCGCGGAGCAUGAAAAUGGUACUCAUCCCAAGACUCAGACCGAGACCCAGACCGAGUCCCAGUCUCAGCUUGCGCAAAGGUCGAAGAAGCAAGAGGGAAAGAACAGCCAGCAGCUCAAGGACAGAAAAGUGAGCCGCGAGCUCUCCCCCCUCGCCGGCUGCUCAGACUGGACCGACGACGACGAGAACGACAACGCCAUCGCCCGGCGCAAGAGACGCAGCCGCCUUAAGAAGGAGUUCCGCGCCCUUGUCCGCGAAAACGAGAAGAACAAGCAGCUCUUUGACGCGAGCGACGUCUUCAUGAGCUCCGACGGUGGCGAUGACGACGACGUCUCCGACAGCAGCAGCGAGUCGGGCCCCGGCGAUGCGUAUCCUUCGCCGAUGAGCAUGAGCCCGCACCCUGGCAAUUAUGGCGACGUCUCCGAGGGCGACGAGUCGUCGGAUGCGGGUCAUGUUCAUCCUUCGUCAUCGAGCCUGAGCACCGACCAUGGACAUGUCAGCGACGUCUCCGAGAGCAGCAACGAUUCAACCCAUGGUAACAUGCAGUCCUCGAUUCCAGGCCCGGUUCAUCGCAGUGAACCCCUUUCGGCGUUUCUCUCGUGGGACAUGCCUCCCGAGAACUCUGAGAACAUGGAGGAGGAUGGAGAGACUGAGCUUGAGGAGGCUGAAGAUGAGCCUGACUACGACAGUCACGACUCGGAUAUGCCCGACGCCGAUAAGGACGAUGGAGACUACGUUUCGGAGCCUACCUGGCCUCCCACUGGUGUUGAGUGGACCUCCAAGCUCAAGUACAUGACUGGAAUCCCCCGUCGCAACUAUCAAUGA